AUGGCAGCCCGCGUGACUAAACUUUUCCUUCAGAACUGCGCUUCUGCAAGCGACAGAUCGUCCAAGCACCCAUCCAACAAGCACUUGUCUACCAAGAGUAAGACGCUAGAAUCUAGCUUUACGUUGUCCAAGCAUGCCCGGAGAAAGUUUCGACAGAAGAGCAAGAAAGUAUGCAGCAAAUCCAAGGUGAAGGUGCUGGAAGAAGCCCGUCGCGAGCUACAGCAGGCCGACCGCACUGCACAAAACCUUCGUAAACUCAAGAGUAAAGUGCCCACCAAGUCACAGCGCCUCAUGGCAAAGGUUCUUGCGCAGCGAACUGCUGCAUUCCGAUAA